AUGUUGUCCUCUGCAUCCAUCUCUCGUCUGGCCUUUACCACCGGUCGUCGCUCCGUCCGGCGUGCCGCUGCUCUUGUCCCCUUGGCCAGAGCUGUGGCCACACACAAUGCCACCACCCGUUCCUUCACCUCCACUUCAAGUGCUCCUCGUCACAUCUUGUUUGCCUCGUCUACUAUGGCAAAGGCUAAUACGGUUCGCUACUACACAUACCCUUCCCACCUUGUCAUCAACAUGCCCGCCUUAUCGCCUACCAUGACCAUGGGUAACAUUGGAACGUGGCAAAAGAAGGUCGGCGACGCUGUUGCUGCAGGAGAUGUCCUUGUCGAGAUCGAGACCGACAAGGCUCAGAUGGACUUUGAGUGCCAGGAGGAGGGUUAUAUCGCCAAGAUCUUGGUCGACUCCAACACCAAGGAGGUCAACAUCAGCAAGCCCAUCGCCAUCCUUGUUGAGAACAAGGAGGAUAUUGAGAAAUUUGCUGAUUUUACUGUCGACUCCGCCGCCGCUGCUCCUGCUGCUGCCGCUCCUGCACCUGAGAAGAAGGAGGCUCCCAAGCUUGUUGAGACCCCCAAGUCCGCUGAGGCUCCCAAGCCCGAGGCUGUAGCCAAGAAAGCAGCCUCUGCCCCAGCACCAAAGGCUGCCGCCCCUACCCCUGCCGCCCCUGCCUCUGCUACUUACACCGACAUCCCUGUCACCAACAUGCGCAAGAUCAUUGCCCAGCGUCUCUCAGAGUCCAAGCAAACUGUUCCUCAUUACUAUGUUACUGUUGAGUGCGAAAUGGACAAGGUUUUGAAGCUUCGCGAGGUUCUCAACAAGGCCUCGGAAGACAAGUACAAGCUCUCUGUCAAUGACUUUAUUGUUAAGGCUUCGGCUCUGGCUCUUAGGGCAGUCCCUGAAGCCAACAGCGCCUGGAUGAACGACUCUAUCCGCCAGUACCACUCUUCUGACAUCUGUGUUGCUACUUCGACCCCUACUGGAUUGAUCACGCCUAUUGUUGCCAACGCCGAUAAGAAGGGCUUGUCGGUCAUCUCAAACCAGGUCAAGGACUUGGCCUCGCGUGCUCGUUCCAACAAGCUCGCCCCUCAUGAGUACCAGGGCGGCACCUUUACCAUCUCGAACAUGGGAAUGUUUGGUAUCAAGCAUUUCACUGCCAUCAUUAACCCUCCCCAGUCAUGCAUCCUCGCUGUUGGAUCGACAGAGAAGCGCGUCCUCCCAGCACGUGCCGGUGAAGAGGGCGAGUUCCGCACAGCCUCCGUGAUGGCUGUGACCUUGAGCUCUGACCACCGCACUGUUGAUGGUGCUGUGUCCGCGCAGUUCUUGAAGGCCUUCAAGGGUUACCUUGAGGAGCCCUUGAAGCUGCUUUUGUAA